UUAAUUUUUUUUGUAAGGAAAAAAAUAAAAUAAAAUAAGUGAACAAAGACUUCUUCAAAGUUAUACCGAUCCCAGCAAUCGACUGAGGGCACUGUUGUUUAUCGAGUGGGGGAGGUUGCCAGGAUGGUUGUUAAGAGUCCCCUUUAUUGGGCAUCUAUAGAACAUCUUGCAAGAGAUGAGAUCUCACGAGGCAUAUUCUAUGCACUUCCAGAUGGAUGUAAGCUACAUUGUCUAAAACGAAAGACAAGAGCCUCCAAUGUGGAAGAGGUUGAACCCACCUUUGAUCCCUAAUCUCGUGUUCCUAUAGAAUUAUGUUCGUAUGCUCAUGGUUUAUAUUGGAGUUCUCGAGUUUAAUUGAUGUUGUGUAUUAUCUUUCAAAUGUUCAGUGGUUAUGUUGUUGUGCUUGAAUUUAAUGUUGUGUGGAUUAUGAACUUGGGUCUUAUGUAAUACGUGAUACGUUAUUAUGAUUUCUAAUAAUGUUUUUUUAUUGUAAUAGGUAUCCUCUAUAUAUUGAUGGACAAGUAUAAAUCAAAAACAAGAUUUAAUAUAUAUGUAAGAAAUUAUAUCUCAUUUGUUUUGCAACUUUGGUUAAACAUAUACUUUAUCUCUUUUUCAAUAUAUUAUUAAAUCUAUUUUUCCAUUAUGAUCUAAAAUAAUUUGUAACAAAAUUUAAAAGUUUACUUAACAAUCAAUUGUCCCUGUAAGGCCGCAACAACACCAUCAGCUAGUAUAUGAUACUAUAUUUGUUCUAGGUUGGACAAGAACAAAUGCAAGUACCCACUUGUAUGUUAGAUGAAAUAUACAUUUUGGCUUCAAGUGUUUUAUCUUUUUCUAUGGCAACUUCGCAAGUGUUUUUUUUUUUCCUUGUAAACAAACAUUUGACUUGUGAUAUUGGUCAUUUGAUUGGUUGGAAUCGAGAUUUUUUUUCAAAUUGUGGUGAGAAUGUCUCGGAACUUUUCCCACGUGUAAAAUAUUGAACUAACAAAUGUAAC